AUGAGUGGGGUCGAGCUUCGCCGGGAGGUGCUGCGGCUCCGUCGUGAGGUGGAGGCCCUCCAGUCGAGUGAGGUGCGUCUGACGAUGGAGCUGGAGUCGAGCCGGGAGAGGCAGGCGGAGGAGCGGGCGCAGCGGCAACGCGCUCGCCAUGCGCGGCUGCAAAUGCUGCAGCGGCUGCAAGAGGUGGUGAAGCAGCGGCUGCUGCCGCCCGGGGACGUCGCGGAUACCCCGCUGACGAUACUGGAGCGCUCCAAGAAGGAGAUGGAGCUCGUGGUGCAACGUCACCAAAUCUAG